CCUCUUUGCCCUGCAUCUGGUCUGUCGCUACAGACGAGCCCCGUCUGUAUGUCGGGAAAUUUCGACGCGCCACAGAUCCGUCUUUUCUCAUCUGUACUUGCUGCGCUCGCAACUACAUGUUAUACAACGAUAUACUGACUGGACAUAACCAAUGACAGCCCCAGCGAAUUCGCGUCCGCGGAGACGAGAAUGCUCCCCUUCAUCUCGCCGCCGGCAAGACCGUUCACCAGAAAAACAAGUCCACCCCCGCCCUGUCGACUAUGUUCCAGAAUGGCGGAACCAAGAACGCUCCUAGAAGAGCUGCCUUUGGAGACGUGAGCAACACGCAAGGCAGCCGAGACGAUGCCUCUCUUGCCGGCAAGAAACAACUCAAGGUAUCGGAGAAGCCGUCGGCCGUAAUUGUGGAGAAGAAACAGGCCGCGCUCUCUCAGCCCGCCCAGCGUCCCAAGUCAGUGAGCGGGCUGAGAGGCCUGUUGAACAACGCGUCCAACCCUAAGCCCCUCGAGCCCUCUACGAAGCAGCUGGGCGUCUCGCAACAGACCGCCAACGCCCGCAAGACCCUUAACAAGCGAGGAACUGUCUUCAAAGACCCCUCGGAGCCCCUAGCAGAGAAGAAAACACUUACAUCCAAGGAAACCAAAAGCGAAUCAAACGAAGCGAAACACGCGCCGACGGCGCCUUCUCAGCUAAACACCCGGGAGGAAGAGGUUACAUCAAAAGAGGAAUUGGAAGAGCCCCUUUCAGAUGAGCUGGAUCCAUCCAUUGCUCUUUCCGAUCUUCCCGAGGAGGAGGAGGAGGAGGAUGUAUCAAAGAUCAACGACGAUGACUGCAAGAUCCAGGGUGUCAGACGCAUCAGCAAGACCGAAGAAUCCCACGCAGCCGUCACAAAUUUGGACCGCGUCGCGAAGCCUCGCGAUAGUGUUGAACACGUCACCAUCCAGUCGGAGCCCGAGGAAUACUGGGAUGAAGAGGACGACGAGAACGAAGAGGAUGAUGGAUACAUUACGGCUCGCUCAUAUCGUUCUCGCGGGGAUAACACGACUGGCGCAACCACGGCCAUGCUCUUCCCUCGCUUUACCCAGAAGGUGAAACAAGAGUUGGCUCGCGCAAAGCAGAUUGUCGAGGAAAGCCGAACGCAGGAGGACAUUGAAGAAGAGCUUUGGGAUACCAGCAUGGUUGCUGACUACAACGAAGAUAUCUUCGAUUACAUGAAGGAGCAGGAGAUCAAGAUGCUGCCAAAUGCUCACUACAUGGACAACCAAGCAGAGAUCCAGUGGUCAAUGCGCUCGGUGCUGAUGGACUGGCUUGUGCAGGUCCACCAUCGCUUCGGCCUGCUUCCGGAGACGCUUUUCUUGUGUGUCAACUACAUCGAUCGCUUCCUCUCGUGCAAGAUUGUCUCCCUGGGCAAAUUGCAGCUUGUGGGUGCUACGGCGAUCUUCAUCGCUGCCAAGUACGAGGAGAUUAACUGUCCCUCCGUGGGCGAGAUCGUGUACAUGGUUGACGGAGGCUACACGGCCGAUGAGAUCCUCAAGGCCGAACGUUUCAUGCUGAGCAUGCUGCAGUUUGAACUCGGAUGGCCCGGUCCCAUGAGCUUCUUGCGCAAGGUGAGCAAGGCCGACGACUAUGACUUAGAAACUCGAACUCUCGCCAAGUACUUCCUGGAGAUCACCAUCAUGGAUGAGCGCUUUGUGGGCAGCCCCCCUAGCUUUGUCGCUGCUGGUGCCCAUUGCCUCGCCAGAAUGAUGCUUAGAAAGGGAUCAUGGGUAUGUUCUUGUCUAGCACCUUUUCUCUGUCUUGAAAUGUUCUAACGCGAUGACAGUCUGCCGCCCAUAUCCACUAUG